AUCGACGUGCAAUUGGUCGCCAGAUUAUGGUGAGACAGGACGAGAGUGAGGUGGCAACUGGCAGUAGCAGAUUACGGUACAAAAAGUAGUGACUCUUUAGCUGUGUCAUUUUUGACCAGGAAAUCAUUCCUGUACUUUCGAGGAGGUGCUACUUUCAGUGACAAGGUCCUGUGCUAUCAAGCGCUGCCAUGUCAGCGAAAGCCAUCUCAGAGCAGACAGGAAAAGAGUUCUUGUAUAAGUAUAUCUGCACCUCAGCAGCCGUGCAGAACCGUUUCCGCUAUGCCAGUGUCACUGCUGAGACUGACUGGGACCGCCUCACACAAGAGCAUCCAUGGAUGCUAACAGAGCGUCUGGUGGUGAAGCCAGAUCAACUAAUCAAGCGGCGCGGGAAGCUUGGGCUGGUGGGCAUCAACCUGGACCUGCAGGGUGUCCAAGAAUGGCUCAAAGCCCACCUCAUGAUAGAGACCACUGUGGGAAAGGCAAAGGGUGUGCUGAAGAACUUCCUCAUUGAGCCAUUUGUUCCACACACACAGGAGGAGGAGUUUUAUGUGUGUAUUUAUGCCACACGUGAGGGCGACCAUGUGCUUUUCCACCACGAGGGAGGAAUGGAGGUGGGUGACGUGGACACCAAGGCCCAGAGGCUGAUGGUCACAGUGGAUGACAAGCUGAGUGAGGACCAAGUCACAGAGCAGCUCCUCACACACAUUCCUGAUGAUAAGAAGGAAGUCCUGGCCAGUUUCAUAGUGGGCCUCUUCAACUUAUAUGAGGACCUCUACUUCACCUACCUUGAGAUCAACCCUCUAGUCGUCACCCAUGAUGGAGUGUACAUCCUCGACAUGGCAGCCAAGAUUGAUGCAACAGCAGAUUACAUCUGCAAGGCUAAAUGGGGAGAUGUGGAGUUUCCACCACCCUUUGGCAGAGAAGCAUAUCCAGAGGAGGCGUACAUAGCUGAUCUGGAUGCAAAGAGUGGUGCCAGUCUGAAGCUGACCCUGCUGAACCCUCGUGGCAGGAUCUGGACCAUGGUGGCUGGAGGAGGGGCUUCAGUAGUCUACAGCGACACCAUCUGUGACCUAGGCGGGGUGGAUGAACUGGCCAACUAUGGCGAGUACUCUGGCGCACCCAGUGAACAGCAGACCUACGACUACGCAAAAACCAUCCUCUCUCUCAUGACGCGGGAGAAACAUCCUCAAGGGAAAGUGCUGAUCAUCGGAGGAAGUAUUGCCAACUUCACCAAUGUAGCAGCCACAUUCAAGGGCAUUGUCAGGGCCAUCAAAGACUACCAAGGUCCUCUGAAGGAGCACGAGGUCACCAUCUUUGUUCGACGUGGCGGGCCCAACUACCAGGAGGGGCUGAGGGUGAUGGGGGAAGUAGGGAAGACCACGGGUAUUCCCAUCCAUGUGUUUGGUACCGAGACCCAUAUGACAGCCAUUGUUGGAAUGGCUCUGGGCCACCGGCCAAUCCCUAAUCAGCCCCCAAUGGACGCACAUACCGCCAACUUCCUCCUCAAUGCCAGCAACAGUGCAGUGACUCCAGCUACAACAAGGACCGCUUCAUUCUCUGAACCCAGGACAUCUAAUGAUGUCACCCCGGCCAAAAAGUCUAAAGCAGGUCUUCCAGCAGACUCUCUUCAUUCUAUACUGUGGCCUCUGAAGAAUGUGGUCACAGGCAAUUGGAAAGAAGUGCAAGCCUCUUCAGGCUGCAGCAGAGCCAAAGCCGCCACACUCUUCAGAAAACACACCAAGGCCAUAGUCUGGGGCAUGCAGACGCGCGCCGUGCAAGGCAUGAUGGACUUUGACUAUGUGUGCUCCCGGGAGGAACCCUCUGUGGCAGCCAUGGUCUACCCCUUCAGUGGGGAUCACAAGCAGAAGUUCUACUGGGGCCACAAGGAGAUCCUGCUGCCUGUCUAUAAGAACAUGGCCGAUGCCAUGAAGAAGCACCCCGAGGUGGACGUCCUGAUCAGCUUUGCUUCCCUGCGUUCAGCCUUCGACAGCACAUUGGAGGCCAUGCAGUACCCACAGAUCCACACUAUCGCCAUCAUAGCUGAGGGCAUCCCUGAAGCUCAGACAAGGAAGAUAAUCAAAAUGGCUGAUGAGAAAGGUGUCACUAUCAUUGGCCCUGCUACGGUUGGUGGCAUCAAGCCGGGGUGUUUUAAGAUCGGCAACACAGGUGGCAUGCUGGACAACAUCCUGGCUUCCAAACUUUAUCGUCCCGGCAGCGUGGCAUAUGUGUCACGCUCUGGGGGCAUGUCCAACGAGCUGAACAACAUCAUCUCCCGUACCACAGACGGCGUGUAUGAAGGAGUAGCCAUCGGAGGAGACAGAUAUCCAGGCUCCACCUUCAUGGACCAUGUCCUUCGUUACCAGGACACUCCAGGGGUCAAGAUGAUAGUGAUGCUGGGAGAGAUUGGAGGCACAGAGGAGUACAAGAUCUGCCAAGGCAUCACAGAGGGCAGGAUAACCAAGCCUGUGGUGUGCUGGUGUAUCGGAACCUGCGCCACCAUGUUCGCUUCAGAGGUUCAGUUUGGCCAUGCAGGGGCCUGUGCCAACCAGGCUUCAGAAACAGCAGUAGCCAAGAACCAGGCUCUGAGGGAUGCUGGAGCUUAUGUACCAAAGAGCUUUGAUGAGCUGGGGGAUGUCAUCAAGACUGUUUAUGAUAAACUGGUGGCCAAUGGUACCAUCAUUCCUGCUCAGGAGGUGCCUCCCCCAACAGUGCCUAUGGAUUACUCUUGGGCCAGGGAAUUGGGCCUGAUCCGUAAGCCAGCCUCAUUCAUGACGAGCAUCUGUGAUGAGCGAGGCCAGGAGCUCAUCUACGCCGGCAUGCCCAUCACUGAGGUCUUUAAAGAGGAGAUGGGUUUAGGUGGAGUGUUGGGCUUGCUUUGGUUCCAACGCAGGUUGCCACGCUAUGCCUGCCAGUUCAUUGAGAUGUGCCUGAUGGUGACUGCUGAUCACGGGCCUGCCGUCUCUGGUGCACACAACACCAUCGUCUGUGCUCGUGCUGGCAAGGACCUUAUCUCAAGCCUCACCUCUGGCCUGCUCACCAUUGGGGACCGUUUUGGAGGUGCUCUGGAUGCAGCUGCGAAGCAGUUCAGCAAGGCAUUUGACAGCGGCAUGCUGCCCAUGGAGUUUGUCAACAAAAUGAAGAAGGAUGGGAAGCUGAUAAUGGGCAUCGGCCACCGGGUCAAAUCAAUCAACAACCCAGACAUGCGGGUGCAGAUUCUGAAGGACUUUGUUAAGCAGCAUUUCCCCUCCACCCAGCUACUCGACUAUGCCCUAGACGUAGAGAAGAUCACCACCUCCAAGAAACCCAACCUGAUCCUCAACGUAGAUGGUUUUAUUGGUGUUGCCUUUGUGGACCUGCUUAGGACGUGUGGAGGCUUCACACGAGAUGAGGCUGACGAGUUUGUGGAGAUCGGUGCGCUAAAUGGGAUCUUUGUCCUCGGCCGCAGUAUGGGCUUUAUCGGACAUUACCUGGACCAGAAGAGGCUGAAACAGGGUUUGUACCGCCACCCCUGGGAUGACAUCUCCUAUGUGCUCCCUGAACAUAUGUCCAUGUAAUACCCACAUCACAGAAUGGGACGCAUUUCCAGAUGUGACUGCACAAAUGGGUCAGGCAACAUUAGACGUCUCACUUAAUGAUGAUUCUGGAAAGUGAAAGUACUGUCUGACUGAGGGAUCUGGGUAGAAGUGUUCAAUCUAGUUUUUACAGAGGGAAAGAGGGGAAGUAUAUUUUCAGAUUUUGUUUUUACACAAGUUAUUUAAAGUUUGAGAUGUAACUUAUUCAGUUCUGAAUAAAGAGCCAAACCAAUGCAAACUGCAGUAGUUGCAGGAGCACAAAAUGAAUUGGUACACUUUUGCAUAGUUGGUACAAGAGCAGGAUUCAAGCCUGACUCCUGCAUUACGGAGUCUGAUUAGUUCAUCUGUGUUAAUCGCUGCUGAUUUGUUCAAGCUCAGCAGUACAGUAUUGUCUUUUAUACUACUUACAAAAAUGAAUUGAUUUAUUUUCAUCAGCAUUUGCCUGUUUUAGGCCACAAGAAAGUGUGCUUAAGUAUACUUUCUGGCUUUCUGAGUAUUGCACCUUAGUUUCAACACUAACAAAUCAGUUAUAAAUUCCUUCUCCAAGUUUCACUCCCAAUGAGAAAAAUCUUUGUCAUCACAAGAGAAACCAAAGUUAUUUUUUGGAAUUUGUUGUCUUUGUUUGAAAAAAAAACCAGAAAGGAAAGCACAUGGUCCAGUGGUUGUUACAGAGCUUACCUAGCUCUUAUGUUUUGAAAAGGAGGCAUCUAAUGAAAUAAAGGAACAAACAUAAGAUGAUUUAAGUGUCACUCCACCAUUGCCUUUCCUAGAACAACCCUGGUUAUAAACUAGUGGGUGGAGGUGUUCAAGUCUGUCCCACCAAGUAUGAACUAGUUGCGUUGCUAUUCUGAAUAACUGUCAGAAAACAGGAAAAUGUAGAAGCAUCAAAAGGGGACAAACAAUGUCUCAUGAAUGAGCCCUGUGAGUCUUUGAAAGCAUCUUUUGGCGAGGGACCACGAAAGCAGUUUGCUUGACUUGGGGGAAUGAUUGCACGUAAUAGGGAUGCCGCUCUGUAAAAUAAUUCACUAAAGACUUUACAGACUACGCUUUGUAACUGCCCACUGUAUGGCCUGCUGUGUUUCAUCUUUGUUUUGCUGUUUUUAUUUAACUGUUUUUGUAAUAUGCUGUUAUAUAGUAGUAUAAUAAUAAAGAACGUAUUGUUUUACUUUUCA